AUGUUGCUCGAACACCCUGGCUCAAGUUGUCAGAAUAACGCCAAUUUCUCCCGCUACAGCGCAGGUCAGGACAUCCCAGUGUGUGCGGGCUGUAACCAGCACAUCGUGGACCGCUUCAUCCUCAAAGUGCUGGAGCGUCACUGGCACAGCAAGUGUCUUAAGUGUGCUGACUGCCAUACUCAGCUGGCCGACAAGUGCUUCAGCCGGGGGGACAGCGUAUACUGCAAGGAUGACUUCUUCAAGAGAUUUGGCACCAAAUGCGCGGCGUGUCAGCAAGGCAUCCCACCCACGCAGGUGGUGAGGCGAGCCCAGGACUUUGUUUACCACCUACACUGCUUCGCGUGCAUCGUGUGCAAGAGGCAGCUGGCUACGGGAGACGAGUAUUACCUGAUGGAAGACAGCCGCUUGGUGUGCAAGGCUGACUACGAGACCGCCAAACAAAGAGAAGCCGACUCGACCGCAAAAAGGCCCCGAACGACCAUCACGGCCAAGCAGCUGGAGACCCUGAAGAACGCUUACAAUAAUUCUCCCAAGCCGGCACGCCACGUCCGUGAGCAGCUCUCCUCCGAGACGGGCCUGGACAUGCGGGUCGUGCAGGUUUGGUUCCAGAACCGGCGGGCCAAAGAAAAGAGGCUGAAGAAGGAUGCCGGGCGCCAGAGGUGGGGCCAGUACUUCCGCAACAUGAAGAGGUCGCGUGGUAGCUCCAAGUCAGACAAAGACAGCAUCCAGGAGGAGGGCAUGGAUAGCGACGCUGAGGUGUCCUUUACAGAUGAACCUCCGAUGUCCGAGCUCGGUCACAGCAACGGCAUCUAUGGCAGCAACUCCCCAGCCAUGGGGGGCCGCCAAGGGGGCAACAACCAUGCCUCCUUCCCUCUGGAGCACGCAGCCAUGCCCUCGCAAGACCAAUUCCAUGACAUGCGCUCCAACAGCCCCUACGGCCUACCCCAGUCUCCAGGUUCUCAUCCGGCGCUACCUCGCCAUCAGCCACUCAUCACCAGCUUGGUAUACCCAGAGUCGGGCCUGUCCAUCAUGACCCAAGGCGGGGGGAUGAAUCCUGCGGUGAGGGUUUCCAUCGGUGCCGCCAACGGCCCAAGCUCAGACCUCUCCACCGGUAGCAGUGGUGGAUACCCGGACUUCCCCGCUAGUCCUGCUUCCUGGUUAGACGAAGUGGACCACGGACAGUUCUAA